CCGCCCUCCGGGUCCCCGCUGCCGCCCGCCCCGGCGUCCGGCCGCCUCCACCGCGGGCGGGCCGGGCCGCAGGAAGUCGCGCCGGGUGGGAGUGGAGUCUCCCCUCUGCCGGGCCCGUGCGAACCGCUCUCCUACCACUGCUGGGAGGAGCGGAAGCGGCCCCUCCAUCCUGCACACCAGCCUCCUAACCCCAACCCCUGCAGGAGAGCUGCUGCUCAACCCUUUUACUGGUACCUGCCAGCUCCAAGGGACAGAGAGCGGAUUCUGAGGGCCUAGCUGGGCCUCUGUGGUCAAUUGGGAAGCCCUAAAAACAGCCAGAGGGGCUGCGUGUGAUGGGAGAAGGACAAGAGAUGUCACCUGAACAUCUGCCCUGCCUACCCACCCGGCUUCAGGCCACCUGGCCGUGAAGCUGAUCUCACUCGGGGCAGGGAGUCCCUGAGGGCUGAAGUCGGCAGCCCCUGGCGACAGCUGCUCACCUCCAGUCCCGGGAAGUGCCAGUGAAGAGACUGCAGCUGCCUCUCCCCCCUUGUCCCAACCACGAACCAGGCAGUGAUUGGGACUCAUGGUUCCCAGUUCAAAGGGAAGACCACUUCUCUGCUGGGGCGGAGAUGGAACCAGAGCCCUCGUCUCAUCUCUGCUCCCCUUGAGUUUUCUGGAAUGGACCUACCUGCCAGGAAGCCAGGUCACCCUUGCCAGGUUCUGGACUUGCCUGCCCUCACGGGAACACAGGGAGGGGCAGGGCUGGACCAGGAAGUGCCACCUGCUGACCCAAGUCAAGUCAAACCAAAAGGAAUUCCAUCCACCUGCCUCAUCUCGCUGAUCCAUCUCCUGCUGGUCCCUCCUGCCAGGCUUGCUCUGGGAAGUAGGCACCCCGGGCAGUGGUGGCAGUGGUGGUGAGGCCGGGCCAGCAGCAUUCAUAGCGGAGGAUGCCCCAGGCCCUGGAGCGCACGGAGAGCUGCUGGGCCUGGAUGGUGCUGCUGGCCUCCGUGGUGAGUCAGGGCCUCACCCUGGGCUUCCCCACCUGCAUCGGCAUCUUCUUCACCGAACUGCAGCGUGAGUUCCAGGCCAGCAACAGCGAGACCUCCUGGUUCCCCUCCAUCCAGACGGCCAUGCUCCACGCAGGGGGACCCCUGUGCAGCAUCCUGGUGGGAUGCUUUGGCUGCCGAGCGACGAUGAUGCUGGGAGGCGUGCUGGCCAGCCUGGGCAUGGUGGCGGGCUCCUUCUGCCGCACCCUUGGCCAGCUCUACCUCACGGCAGGAUUCAUCACAGGUCUGGGCAUGUGCUUCAGUUUUCAGUCGAGCAUCACCGUGCUGGGGCUCUACUUCACCCGCUGGCAGGUGCUGGCCAACUCACUGGCCUCGACAGGCGUCUCCCUGGGCAUCACGCUGUGGCCCCUGCUCUCCCGCUACCUCCUGGAGGACCUGGGCUGGAGGGGCACCUUCCUCAUCUUCGGCGGGGUUUUCCUCCACUGCUGCGUGUGUGGGGCCAUCCUGCGGCCCGUGGCCACCAGCGUGACCCCUGAGACCAGGGAAGGCCCCACUCCACCUUCCAAGAGACCCGCGAACAGCUGCCGGGCAGCGUGCGAUCGGGCCAUCCAGCGCCACCUGGCCUUCGACGUCCUGCGGCAGAACGCGGGCUACCGCGUGUUCACGCUGGGCGUCGUGUGGAUGAUCAUGGGUUUCCCGCUGCCACACGUCUUCUUGGUGCCGUACGCCAUCCGGCACGGGCUGGACGAACACAGGGCGGCCCUGCUCAUCUCCAUCAUCGGCUUCAGCAACAUCUUCCUGCGGCCCCUGGCCGGGCUGGUGGCGGGCCGGCAGGUCUUUGCCGGUCACCGCAAGUACCUGUUCAGCCUGGCAGCCCUGCUCAACGGGCUCACCAACCUGGUGUGCGCGGCAUCCGCCGACUUCCGGGUGCUGGUCGGCUACUGCCUGGUGUACAGCGUGUCCAUGAGCGGCAUCGGGGCCCUCCUCUUCCAGGUCCUCAUGGACAUCGUCCCCAUGGACCGCUUCUCCAGCGCCCUGGGCCUCUUCACCAUCCUCGAAAGCAUCUCCAUCCUCAUCUCCCCGCCACUGGCUGGACUCCUCCUGGACACCACCACCAACUUCAGCUACGUUUUCUACAUGUCGAGUUUCUUCCUCAUCUCUGCCGCCCUCUUCAUGGGUGGCAGCUUCUGGGCUCUGGGGAAGAAGGAGAGGCACCGCCAGAGGGCUGAGACCGAAGAGGCCCUCCCGGAGGCCACUAAAGAGCAGGGCCUCGCUGGGGGGGACACAGACGGUCCCAAGAAGCAGCCACGCCUGGAGAUCAUGUAUGUGACCAGCGUCUGAGCCCCGGGGUCACUCACACGUGUGACCAGAAUCUGCUCCGAAGUCAGGGGGUCCUGCCUCAGCCCGGGAAUGGGGUGUCUGGCUGCUUGGCCAGGGGCUGGGGUGAAGGGCUGCCCAGGAAGCCUGAACCAAAGGCCACCCGGGCUCUGCACGUCUGGACUCAGCCAGGAGCUGGGCCCCCAGAGGCUGACCUCCAAAAAAACCUUCCAUACUCCAGGAGCGGGUCCUCCUGGCUUUUUCCUUGGGCACCAGAGUACCUGGGGCCUGGGACAGUGGGUCUGAGCCUGGCUCGGGUCUGUCACAGCCGGCCCGGCUCAGCUGGCUGCCUACCGCUGCUGCUACAGCUCAACACACUGGACCUUCAAGUCCAGCCUGGAUGCCUCCGAUGUGAUCUCUUUGUCCUUCACCCUCCAGACAAUGCCAAAGAGCCUACCCUUCCCCCGAGUCCCCCACCCCUUCCCAGCUGGCCCCACCUCUGCCUGACAGCUGCCCCCAGCACAGAUUGCUAGGCCUCAGCCUCGUGCUGGCUGGAACCUUAGGAAGAAGGACCUGUGAGCAAUUGAGUCACGGUGCUGGGGGCCAGGCUGAAGGGCCAACCUGGAUGCAGGAUUUGGACAGAUUAAAUGUUGCUGGAGUACCUGUCCUGGCAUCUGUGCAGGGACCCCUGGCUGGGGUCCCAGAAUGAGUGGCGUCUGCCCUAGGGUCUCCUCCUUCCUUGGCCCCAACCUGUAUCUUGGCUGGGAAGAGGAGUUUGGGUAUGGCAGAAAUCAGGGCAGGGCCCCAGGACCUCUGAAAAUGGAGCUGCUUUAGCAGCAGAAUCCCUUUCUCAGCCCCUCCUGUCAUCCUGUUCCCCCUGCUGUGUCAGAGAUGUCAACCCAGGGGUAAGUAGCCGGCUGGGCCUACUGCCAAGCCACCCCUGCUCCCCAUUGGCUUGUGCUGCUGGCCUGGAGGUCACAGCUUCUCCCAUAUGCUUUCUGGGCUGGUGCCUUCCCCGAGGUCAUCACCUGAGGGCUGGCUGCCAUCAGCCCAGACUUGUCCCAACAGAAUACUGACCAACUGAGGGAAUGAAAAACAAGGUUUGUUUGCAUUGCACACGAAAACAUUUUCCGCAGCAGGUAAUAAACCCUGUGACCCCUGAAGUUGGAAAA